AUUCCUGCUCCCGAAUCUCCUCCUCCCUACCCGUGCUGCCGCUGCCUGCACAGCAGUAAACUGCUUAAAUCCCUUUGCGGCGAGCCCAACCCUCUCCCGCCCGGGAAUCCUCCCCAGGUUUUGCCUCCCACCUCCCCACCGGCGAGCGGCUGCCCGGGAGCCGGCGGGGAGCGGAGCGGGAGGAGCGGGGUGCCGGGCACCCCCCCGCGCCAUGCCGGUUCCCCUGCCCGCCCUGCUCUGCUGCUCGGCCGCCAGCCUCCUGCUGCUGCUGCUGCGAUGGCGGCGCCGAAGGGGGCUCUGGAGGAAGGUGAAGGAGGCUCGGCAGAGGCAGGAGCGGAGCUUGGUGCAGAUGGAGAUGGCAGUACGGCGCUUUCGGGAGCAGCAUCCUUCUGUGAACACGAUCUCCAUCCUCUCUCUGCCCUUGCCGGAGCUCUGCAAGAAACUCCGGGAUGGCUCCCUCCCUCCAGAGCACGUCUUCUAUGCCUACGUGGGCAAGGCCCUCCAGAUCACCACAGAAACCAACUGCAUCACGGAGUAUCUGCAGGAAAGCGAGGCUCAGGUCCAGAAAGCAAAGCUGACAGGGAGGCUGGGUUUGCUCUACGGGGUGCCUGUCAGCAUCAAAGACUCCAUCGAUUGCCAGGGCCAUGAUUCCACUUUAGGGUUUAUAAAAAACCUCAAUAAACCCGCGGCAGAGGACAGCGUGGUGGUGCAGGUGCUCAGGAGACAAGGGGCAAUUCCAUUUGUCAAAACCAACGUUCCCCAGUCACUCAUCAGCUAUGACUGCAAGAACUUAAUCUUUGGUCAGACAUUCAACCCUCUGCUCUACACCAGAAGCCCCGGAGGCUCCUCUGGUGGAGAAGGGGCACUUGUAGGAGGAGGUGGGUCCAUCCUGGGCUUUGGAACGGAUGUAGGAGGGAGCCUGCGUUUUCCUGCUGCCUUCUGUGGGGUCUGUGCACUCAAACCCACCGGGAACAGACUCAGUAAAAAAGGACUGAUUUCUGGUGUCCCUGGGCAGAAGGCAGUGGCCGCAGCAGUGGGGCCGAUGGCAAAAGACGUGGAGAGCCUGGCGCUGUGCAUGCGGGCGCUCCUGUGUGAGGACAUGUUCAACCUGGACAGCACAGUGCCCCCGCUUCCCUUCAAUGAAGAGGUAUAUUCCAGCACGCAGCCCCUCCGCAUAGGCUACUAUGAAACUGAUUUCUUCACCAUGCCAAGCCCUGCCAUGAGACGUGCCGUUCGGGAGACGAAGCAGCUGUUGGAGGAUGCUGGCCACACGCUGGUGCCCUUUGAACUCAUGAACGUGGACUACAUGCUAUUUAACUUCUGCGUCAGGGGCAUGUUUGCAGAUGGGGCCACCUCCUUUCUCAAGGCAUUCAAAGGGGAGCUGGAGAAAAGCAGCAUGGGGCUGUUCUUCUGGUUGGCGAAGUCACCAAACUGGCUAAAAACUGUCCUCUCCUGGAUUGCCAAACCCUUCGUGCCUCGAUUUUCAGAUAUCGUGAGAAAUAUGAGAGCAAACACGGUGGAUGAAGUCUGGAGUCUUCACUGUGAAAUUGAGGAGUUUUGCCACCAGUUUAUCGCCCAGUGGAAAAAGCUGAAUCUGGACGUCAUGCUUUGUCCCAUGCUGGGCCCGGCUCUCAGCAUCGGCUACCCUACGAAGGUCUCAGUGGCAGUCAGCUACACCAUGCUCUACAACACCUUGGACUUCCCCGCUGGUGUGGUCCCUGUCACGAUGGUGACAGACGAGGAUGAGGAGGAGCUGAAGGGCUACCAGGGGUACUUCCGGGACUGGUGGGACCAGACCCUGGCAAAGGCUUUUCGUGGCAGUGCGGGGCUGCCAGUGGCGGUGCAGUGUGUGGCCUUGCCGUGGCAGGAGGAGUUGUGCCUCCGGUUCAUGAAGGAGGUGGAGACACUCAUCCUGAAGAAAAACAGGCUUGUCUAAGUCCUGCGUGCUCGCCCAGAACAGGAUCCCAGCUAACAUCAGCAUAGGUCAUCCUUUGGUGUGACUCGGCCGUAGGACUCGUGUUCCCUUCCGUGUGGAUGCAGUGAUGGCUGGGCUGGCUGCUGGCUUUGGGACAGAAGGGGAAAGCAAGGCGAGCUCCGCAGUGCUGGAGCACUUCCAGUCAUUGUCCUAAUACAGUAUUUUUUGUUAUUAGAAAUUCUGUUAUUUCAGGUCUAUGUUUGUCUGGGGGAUUGGGGUGGAUUUUAAAAAUCCUAUCAAUACCCCCCAGGGAAGAGCAAGAACAUGAUCUUUCUCUUACAAAUGGGGAAACUGAGGCACAGGGACUGGUUUUGUCCCAGAUGUUUGGACUCCGACUUGGAAUGCUGUAGGAAAAGGGAUUUUCCCCUCCAUUCUCAGCUCCCUGAGGAUGGAAUCUGGUGUUUUCCCUGCCGCAGAUCAGCCAUCUGAGGUCAAAGCUGAGCCUGCUUGCAGGCUCUGGCAAGCAGGGAGGGAGCUGGACUGCUUCCCACAGUGCAGGGCUGCUGGCACCCUGCACGCCAUGAAGGAGAAAUCUGGAGUGAUCGUUAACUCCCACCUCUUCAGACACCUACUCCUGCUUUACCCAGGGCAGAGGUAUGAAGUGCUUCAGCUCGUGGUGUUGCAGGUAUAAAGCAGCAUGCCAGGCUCAGACGGCCAGCUGGACAGCCUGCUCUGCACACCCUCCCCUUCCGUUUGGCAGAGGGGGCCAUGCCAGGUUUUCCAGUGGGAUUUUCCGGCCACUGGCAGCUGCUGACACUGGGAUUGGCAGCACCGGCUGCUCCAGGAUACCACAAUGCAAAAGUGUUUUCCCAAUGCAGCAAUGUCACAUGCAGAUUUUAACAAAGUUCUGGCAGGAUUUAUGUUUUUUGGGGUGUUUUGUUUUGUUUGUUUGUUUUUUAUUGUAUUGUUGUUGUUUAAACAACAGAGUCAUGCAGAAGCAUGGGUUCUUUACAAGGGCUGGGCAGGGAGGUUUAUCCCAGCCUGGGAGAAAGCAGCCCCCAAGACCCUGACCCUUUAUCAGCAGCCUUUGAAAAAGGGAGGGAGCUCCAGGCAUCCCAUGAGUGAAUGCUGUGUAAAGCCAAGCCCCAGAAGAGCUUGGGUGGGGUUUUUAACCAGUUGCAGGUGCUCCCUGUCCACACAGAAAAUGCUGGACAGGGUUUAUCUGUUUGCAUUUUAAAAUUCAAGCCUGGAGGAGCUUGUACCAGGAGAGGCAAUUCCACCUGUGCCUGUGCUCCCAGAGAGCCAAGCACUGCAUCGUUCUGUUAGUUUAACUGCUCACUCCCUGGCAAAGUGGUGGGCAGGGUGCAGGAGUCCAAACAACGGAGUCACCAGUGGACCUCAACCAUUAACCACUCCUCCCUGUAAGCCCUGAGUGAAGACCUCCAGUGAGCCGUGCCCACUGCACGGGACAGUGCACCGGGCAGGGCUGUUGCAAACCUCCCGCCCCCCCCCCAAUGUUGUCUAACCACCAUUUAAUGAAGCUUUAAUAGUUAUGGAUGUUGAUGAAACAUGAAAAAAAUUUCCCUCAAAUUACAAUCGGAAUGUGGCAUUGUCUAUUUAUAGGCACAGAGGCAAAAGGUUGCAACAUCACCACUUUGUGGAAAGAUAGGUUGACUUUGGUCACAUGGUGGAUUGUGAUGGUGCAGCCCCCCUGGGCCACACCGGGAUCCCAGAAUAAGCCCUAUUGUGUUAUCUUGGUCAUAACGACUUGGGCACCAGGCAAUCUCUGUCCACACCUGGGCCAUCUGCUCCCUGACUUGUGUCCCAGAAUUGUGGCCAGAAUGUAAAAUAUUGACCAAAGCCAAUCAUCUCGAUCCUAUAACUAGCGAUCCAAGAGGAACACCCUUUGAGCUCUCUGGGACCACAGUGGGCCGUGUGACCCUGUAUCUCCCCCUGGGCUGGGACACCUCUCAGGGUAGAUCUUGUGAGGAUUGAAGGAUCGUCUGCUGACAGUAUUGCGAGGACUCAAAGGCCUGAUUUUGCGAGGUUCACCAGCUGAGCGUUGAUGAAUGCCAGCACACAAAAGUGAGUAAUUUAUGAAACUCAUGAAAGGGAAAUUUUAUUCACAGGUUAACCUUGGGGUAUGUGUGCAAUUUGACUAUAUAUACAUAUAUUAUCCCUAUUCAUAUAAACCUUUGACCAAGCCUGAGACUAAGGUUGGACCUAGCUGCACCUAGACUUCUCUCUGAAAGAAGUUUAGAAAGCAAGGGGGUCUAUUCUGAACCUCGUGACUCAACGGGAGGGUCCUCCUUAUCCCCUGCAUCCACAGUCCCUCUGAAUCAUU